AUGAACCCUAGCACACGGCGCAUACUGAGCCAAUUUACGAGGCAAAGCACACAUCGGAGACUCAAUGCUCAGUCACGACGAUGGAAUUCUGCGUUCGCGACUAGAGAGUGGUCUACGCCACUCGCGCACACCUUGGCCAAUGCGAUUAAAACGACGGGGCCGAUAUCAAUCGCCGCAUUUAUGCGCCAGGUACUCACAUCGCCGGAGGGAGGGUAUUAUACCACGAAACCGGAGGGUGGGGGAGAGGUGUUCGGCAAAAGGGGCGACUUUGUGACAUCUCCAGAGAUCUCUCAGGUGUUUGGAGAACUAGUGGGGAUAUGGACAAUUGCGGAAUGGAUGGCACAGGGCGGGAAGAAGGGCGGAGUGCAACUCAUGGAGAUUGGGCCGGGAAAGGGAACGCUAAUGGAUGAUAUGUUGCGGACGUUCCGCAACUUCAAGCCGUUCACGUCAAGCCUCGAGGCUAUCUAUCUUGUCGAAGCAAGCCCUACGCUGAGGGAAGUCCAGAAACGGCUACUCUGCGGCGAUUCAGCCAUGGAGGAGACAGAAAUCGGGCAUCGGAGCACAAGCAAGUAUUUUGAUGUGCCUGUGGUCUGGGUAGAAGACAUUCGAUUGUUGCCUCAUGAGGAAAACAAGACACCAUUCAUCUUCGCCCAUGAAUUCUUCGAUGCACUUCCAAUCCAUGCCUUUGAGUCAAUUCCGCCUGCACCAGAAAACCAGCCGCAAGAACAAGAGAUCAUGACGCCUACCGGUCCUACGAAACUCAACCAGCCGCUCAAGGCCGCAAACACGCCUCAAUGGCGCGAGAUCAUGGUCACUCUAAACCCGAAAGCGGUUGAUGAGGACAUAAAGGACGAGCCAGAAUUUAAACUAACUCUAGCAAAAGCAUCUACCCCUUCUUCCCUCGUUAUCCCCGAACUCUCCGAGCGAUACCGCGCUCUCAAAUCCCAGCCUGGUUCGGCUAUCGAAAUUAGUCCAGAGAGCCGUAUUUACGCCUCAGACAUUGCGCGCCGCAUUGGCGGCUCGUCACAGCCUCCACGGACCGCAUCUAAACGAGAUGCACCUACAGCCGCGGCUAUCGCGAAGCGCAACCCCUCCGGCGCUGCCUUGAUUAUGGACUACGGAACCCUGUCGACGAUUCCGAUCAACUCCCUCCGUGGCAUCCAAAACCAUAAAAACGUUCCGGCACUCUCCUCCCCUGGUCUCAUUGAUGUCAGUGCCGAUGUAGACUUCACAUCGCUCGCAGAGGCAGCCAUUGAAGCUAGUGAGGGUGUUGAGGUCCACGGACCUGUUGAGCAGGGUCACUUCUUACAGGCUAUGGGUAUAUCCGAGCGGAUGCAGCAGCUCCUUAGUACCGUCAAGGAUACAGAGAAGCGCAAGGUCUUGGAGACUGGGUGGCAGCGACUUGUUGAGAGAGGCGGUGGCAGCAUGGGCAAGUUAUACAAGGUGAUGGCUAUCAUCCCGGAGAAUAGUGGUCAACGUCGGCCAGUCGGGUUUGGGGGAGGUGUCCCAGUAUAA